AGUGAAUGGUCUGAGUUAUGUGUUUCGUGUCUAUCUAAAGAACGGUGUUAGACCAUGAACUCACAUGCUCUUUCCUACAUUUUUGCUCUUACUCCUUCGGUCAAUCUUGCGUUUACAUGCUUCUUUCGCACCCCCUUUACGUCAAUUACAAACAUCCUCCCUAAUCCACGCCUCUUCCCCUCUCUUCCAACCAAUGCUUCCUCUUUGGGACUCCCUGUGGUGCAGAACCUUUUAUCUCUACUCUAGGAAUGGUUGUGCUUGCUCGGUUUUCCAGACUGAUUGAGAAGAGGGAUAGUCGGGUUGGUGAAUGCUUGAGUAGAGGAGGGUGGACUUGGUAUAAUAGCUCGCAGGAGGAAGGGAAACGCUGCGGUACCUUCGUGUGAUAAGCUAUUUUGGGAUUAAUGAGAGGGGGAUCAGGAGUCGUGUUUGUCUUUAUAUUUGUCACUGUAGUGGUUUGAUGGUCGGGUCGGUGUAUGUUUGUGUCAGAUGGGCAUUGCGAUGCUAUAUAGAGUUUUGGCAUGAGUGGUUAUUGCUGUACUUUCGCGGGCAACGUUUACUUGAGGGUUUGAUAAGAGAUGGUGUCGAGUUUUAUGUUUCCAUUGCUGCAGUUUCCUAGAGCCGGAUGUAGAUG